CGGCGAUCUCGGAAGAGAACGAAAAGCGGGAGACUCCAAACAAGCCGAGAGAGAGAAAAUAUAAAAGCUGCUGUCAGAGACGAGAACGUAACUCAAAGGUCAAGUCAGAAAAGCUGAAAAGGUCACAUGCUGCUCUUCUGUACCUCCUAGAGUCUGACUGUUUGGAGCUCAGCUUCCCUCCGCUUCGCAGUAAAGCUCAAACAGGUGUAGCCGCAUGCUAAUGCUCAGCAUUCCUGCAUGCUAUGAAGCUGAAUAAUUAAUGCUGCCAUAUGAGGCUUAUUAAUCUUGACACGCUGACUGGCUUUAACUUUCCCCCUCGUGGCAUCGCUGUGAGGCUCACUCGCGACGUUUUGUUGUGGGCUUAACAUUCUGGGUGAUCACAGGGAAACUUUGCGGCGGAUCAACUUGUCCCACAGUUUGUGGACAGUGAGAAAGCUCUGCCUUUCUGCCUUCCCUGUCCAUCAUGGCUUCUCCUGUAAGGUGGAUUCUCUGGACUUUGCUUGUGUGUUUUGCAGCUUUGCAGAACGCUGCUCUCAGGGUAACCAUGAGGGAAUCCAGUCUGGAGGCGGUUCGAGGUGAUUCCGUCCUCCUGCCCUGCUCCUUUUUCACCUCCUCUGAUUUCUCCAGACUUAAUGUGAUCUGGACUCUGGCUCCGUUCUCCAGCCCAGGGAGCCCAGUGCAGGUGAUCGUGUAUGACCACGGUCAGGUGAUUAAGAACCCCUCCCUGAUUGGCCGAGUGGAUUUUACAGGUCUUCCAUUCAGUGCAGACAUUAUGCUAAAUGAAACACGAGUCUCGGACGGCGGGAUUUAUCGCUGCAUGGUCAACAACCCGCCAGACACGGCGGACCCUGGCGUGGGAGAGCUGCUGCUCAGCGUGCUGGAGCCACCUUCACUGCCUGUGUGCGAGUGGGACGGAGCGGUGGACGUAGGCGGAAGCGUGAGGCUGUCCUGCUCCGUGGAAGAGGGCGCCCCCACCCCAGAAAUCCGCUGGGAGAAAGUGAACCCUGAGGAAAUUUCACUUCCAAUCAACAUGGAGGGUGAGCUGUCCGGCUCAGUCCAGAUUGUCAACGUGUCGUCUCAGACGUCCGGCUUGUACCGCUGCUCGGCCACCAACGUCCUGGGAACGGAAAACUGCUACAUCAACUUGGCCAUUUACAACAGCGAGGCGGCUCCAGGCGGGCCCUCAGGCGUCCUGCCGGGCGUGCUGCUCACUCUGGUGAUGGCUUCGGUGCUGCUGGCUCUGCUGGUCAUCAUCCUGUGGCUGCAUCGCACGGGGCAGGACGGGAGGAGCAGCAGGAGGAGGAGGAGGAGGCACAGGAAGGCAGAGGAAGAGGAGUGUUACAACGAGAUACGCUACACGCCGUCCCUGAUGAAGCGCUCCUUUGUCUGAAGUCUCAGCGUCAGGUAUUAAAACGAAGGACUUGUUCAGCGUUGCUUCUGCUCUCCUCACAGCUGUACUGCCAGACAUAUUGUGAAAUAAAAAAAAAAUAUCCAA